GUACUCUGAGAGUCAAUGGCCAGUUUGUUGUUCAGUGCUUCCCAGUGUGCUUGCCGUUUGUAAAUUCAAGUAUACCUACAAAUUUUAAAAUGUUCUUUCGGAUGCUGGUAUUAUUCUCCCUGUCUCUCAUCUAUAUAGAGAUUGCCGAGAGCACACCGGUACUCGUCCAGACUUCUAGACAUUUCCUUUAUGGAGUUCCUGGAUACAUUCCCGUCUACAUAAGAAAGGGAGAUACCCCACUCGAAGAAAUAAAUCCUAAUUUGGCUGAAGCUUUCUAUGUCAAUGCUCAGAAACACAACAGAAUAACUUAUGGCAGAUUUAUUGGGGGUAAAUCUGAUAACGAGGCGAUUAAACCCGGAUAUCCAGAUGGAAUCAAAAUUUCUGAAGUUGACAAAACUUUUUUAGAUACAGAUCUUGAUGUUGAAGAUGAAGAACCAUCGGUUAGCAAACCUCAGGAAUCAAAAACUGAGAAACCGUCCAGUAAUAUCCAAAAGAUACCGCGAGCAUAACACUGUGAUAAAUAGACUUAAGGUAUUUAUUUUUGAAUUGUAAAUACAUCAAAUUGUUACAAUAAGUGAGUCUUUAAGUAAACAAUAAAUUAUUUAAAUUA